AUGUCGAUGACAACUAUUAGCUUGAAUCUCCUCGUCGACACAAAGCAGAACAAGCUUCUGUUCGCCGAAGCAGGUAAGGACUUUGUGGACUUCCUAUUCACCCAUCUUUCUUUUCCCGCCGGCACCAUCAUCAGGCUCCUCUCAAAGGAUACCAUGGUUGGAAGCCUAGGCAAACUUUACGAAAGCAUUGAAAAUUUCAGUGAUACAGACAUGCAACCCAAUCUCAACAAAGACAUUCUCCUGAAACCCAAAGAACCAGGUUCUGUCCCAAAUAACCUAGGGUUGCUGACCAAUGUCGAAACAACAGAAAGAAAGGUGAUCUACACUUGUUCGAAUAGUUACAGCAGAUACUAUGACUACAGCUACCACACCCAUAGCGACACGCACCCGUAUUUUUCAGAGGAUCCUAAAGCAUAA